CCAACGUUCAACCAGCUAGUAUCAGCUAAGAUGAUAAGGUGUUCGCUCUUAUCAGCUAGAUUUUAUAGCCACUAAUUCCGAAUGGGCUCGGACUCAUGGACACACCGUAAACGGGUUCCGUUCGACGAUUUUCGUGGCAAAACAAAUUUAUCUGAACAGUAUCGUACAACAAAUUGGAAUUGUGUUCCCAAGCUGUAAAGCACUGACUUAUCAUUAAUAAUCAUUCAAUUCACCCCCAACCAAAUUGAGCGACUUUACUCUCGCUUCACCUCGUUGGAUCGCAACGAUUGCGGAACCCUGUCCCGGGAGGAUCUGAUGCGAAUCCCGGAACUAGCCAUUAAUCCGCUGUGCGAGCGAAUAGUUCACUCCUUCUUUGCUGAGAGCAAUGACGAUCGGGUGAACUUCCGGCAGUUCAUGAACGUACUGGCGCACUUUCGGCCGCUGAGGGAUAACAAGCAGAGCAAGCUCAACAGCCGAGAGGAGAAGCUAAAGUUCGCCUUCAAGAUGUACGAUCUGGAUGACGAUGGUGUGAUCAGCAGAGACGAGCUACUGUCCAUCCUGCACAUGAUGGUAGGCGCGAACAUAAGCCAGGACCAGUUGGUCAGCAUUGCGGAGAGGACGAUCCUGGAGGCAGACCUUUGCUGCCAGGGUAAGAUCUCGUUCGAAGACUUCUGCAAAGCUCUGGACCGCACUGACGUGGACCAGAAGAUGUCUAUACGGUUUCUCAACUAAGCUGGAUUUAGGGAUCACGAGGAAAAAUCAAGCUUCAUAGUCAGUGUGUACCAAAUAGUUUAGAAUGAAGUAAGUCGAGAGGCAUUCCGGCGGGUUUCUGAAACCUCUGAUGAUUUAAAAACAGAGGUUGUUGUUCUUAUUAUACCAGAAGUGUUUUUUGAACAUUUAAGAGUUUCAAUUUAAUAAAAGUGUUGCACAUUUUUUUAAACCUCUGGAAUUUGCAUGAAGCUUGUCUAAGGUAUUAUAGUUUUGAGGUCAUUAUUUGUUUUGAUCACAGGUGCUACUGACACCUUUACAAAUAGAACCAAUUGUUUGGUAUCUCACUGUUUAAUGUGUCCGGAAAUCUGAUCAAAUAUUAAUGAUAAAAAUAAAAAAAAAAACUUUUGUUGUCUUAUUUCUACUUUCCAAACUAGUGUUUAAAGUCUUGUAGGUUUCAGGAACGCGCCGGAUAUAUUUGUAUUAGUAGUUAAAGAAAGAUGUGCAGAUUUCAUUUUGUUAUUACCUUGUUUUUAUAACUACAAACUCAUUCCACUCAACGUAAAUUAUUACCUUGUGUUCAUCCGCUUACGAAUAAAAGCAACGCGGAUUAACAUAAUUUGAAUAGUUUAUUGCGUUAUCAGACGAUCAAUUGGAAUAAAGUUGGUGUAUAAUUGUAA